AUAGGAGGACCGUGUCAAAGUUAAGAAAAUGGAGGGAGCGACGAGGUCCUGAAGCUGAACCAAGCCGACGAAGUCCUGAAGCAGUGAAGCGAGGACAGAGGGAGCGAGGAAGAAAGGGGAUACGUUGAUUGUCGGGAAUGGAUGUGGCGAUGGCGGCGGCGGCGGUGGUGUCGCGCAUCUUCUUCUCCCUUAAGGGGGUUCGCCCUCGAAGAAGAUUUUCCCUCUAAUCACCACUCCAACACCCGCCACGGAUCCUGCUGCGGGAUCUGGAGCGGGUUCCGGACGAAGAGCAAGCGACCAAGGGAUGUCCGUCUCGCAUCCGUCAUCUCCAUUCUUCUUAUGUGCCCUUCCACCGCGAUGCUUCAUUUUGAUCGUCUCAAAGGAGUCGGCAAUAUGUGGAUGUUUCUGUCUACUAUCCUGUUCAUAUCCGGGUCCAUAUACCUUUUGUCCGCACACUAUUAUGUGGCUGAGCAUCCAUCUUUGGUUCGUUGGUCACAGUGGAAGAAAGAGAAAUGGAUAGGGAGUGGUUCAUUUGGACAGGUUUACCUCGCUUCUUACAGGGAACGUGGGUUCUUUUGUGCGAUAAAGGAAAUACGAAUACCUGAUCCAGACUCAAAGGAACAGAUCGAAAAAUUAUAUUGGGAAAUAAAUAUUCUUAAUCAAUUUUCACACCCAAACAUUGUGCAAUACUAUGGAAGUAAUCUGACUGAUGGCAUUCUUUCAAUUUAUAUGGAAUAUAUGCCUAAGGGUUCAAUCCAUAAGUUACUUAAAGAUGGCCCUUUUAAAGAAAAUACGAUUCGCCAUUGCACUGCGCAGAUUCUCUCUGGUCUUGCCUACUUGCAUGCCAUGGAAAUUGCCCACAGAGAUAUAAAAGGAGGAAACAUACUUGUGGGCCCUAAUGGUGAAGUCAAACUUGCUGACUUUGGCUUGGCUAAGAAAAUAUCUUAUGAGGCUGCAAUACACUCUGACAAAGGGACUUCAUUCUGGAUGGCUCCUGAAGUGAGCUGUUUGUCAACUGUUAUAAAGAGUAAAUUCAGUGGAAGCGGUUACAAUCUAUUGGUGGACAUCUGGAGUUUGGGAUGUACUGUUAUUGAAAUGGCAACGGGAGAACAUCCUUGGCAUGAACAUUGUAGACACGGGGAACCAUGCCAUAAUCCGAUAGCAGGAAUGUUUAGGGCUGCAAACUCUGAUGAUACACCUGAAAUCCCAGAGGGUCUUUCGGAGGAAGGGAAAGAAUUCUUGAGGCAGUGCUUGCGACGUGACCCAAGAUCUCGCAGCACUGCAGCUCAGUUGAUGGAUCACCCUUUUGUUCGGGAGUAUUUUGCUGCUGCGUGAGCCUCCAAAAUCCAGCCCAUUGGAAGACAAGGUUAUUACUUAGCACUCGUAAAGUCUAAGUCGGUCGAUGAACUACACUAUAUACCACUAAGUGGUGGUAUCGUCAGUCACCGGAACGUGGUACAGUGCCAUGUUCCUCAUUCCGGGAACGUCAUUCCCAUGCCGGGAACACGGGUACAUUUUUUUUCCAAUAGUAUUAAAAUCACUCUAAAACAACGUACCACGUUCCACGUUACUCGAUCCAGGAACUUUUUAUGACUGUGGGUAUCGUGCACCAUAAAAAACCUCUUGUGAGCAGCCAAUGGAAUGCAUUUUGGCAUAACAUGGCCAAAAUUCUGUCAAUAUGGCUAGAAAACUUUAGCAACAGCUAAAUCUUUGUAAUUUUUUGUAA